UGUGUUAAGAUGUAUUAUUUCGAUCAGUAGUCUGUACUCGUGCUCACGUAAGCUAUAAAUGUAUAAGCACACAUAUGUUUAACAAAAUGCAGCGAUAGUGUAUCCGAUUCUUACUAGAAUCGAUUAUUUCGCUCGAUAUAUCGGUCUACCGAUAAUCGGUGCGCUCCAAUUAAGUUACUAGAGUCAUAAUUAAUUAUUUCUUAUCGAUGUCUCAUCUCUAAUUUCUACCAAUGUGUCAGUCGUACGCGCGCCGAAACUCCACGAUGUCGAUUCACCCUUUGACGCGUUCUUCUAUUGCGCCUGAAUUCUCGAUUUUCUUCGGUGCAACGUAUGAAUCCGCGAGUAGGUCAAGGCGAGAAAAUACCGUGUUUGCAUUUUGCACCGCCGCGCACUUUAUAUACCGUGAAAAAGUUCUUCGUCCGCUAUGCAUAACCACUUUUCUCCACGAUUCUUUCGAGAUUUUCACUCGCUCGCGUCGACGCGAGAAUAUCCGCGAAUCGAACCGGAUUUCAGUCUUUUACGGCGACGUUCUCACAUUCGCGACCCGGGCGCUCGGCUCGAUGAAUAUCCCGUGACAAAUAAGACGAAUAUUCGCGUCCAUGGGGAACGGUAUCCGGCCGGGGCAAACGAUAUAAAACGCCAUCGUCACGACUUCUCUCGAAUUGCGCGCCGCACUCUGGAAAUUCCACCCCGUGUUCGCGUAUUCGCAGUGUCUUAACCGCGCUAUCGGUUUAUUAUCUACUUUGCUCCGCGCCAGAGCCAGAGAGUUCGGCACGGUGCACGAACGAGAACUCCGCACGAACUCUCGUGUGGUCACGUUCUUGAGAAGUCGCGUCCGCGUUGUGACUUGUGUGGCGUAUACGUGUUCGCAAUUAGCCAUUCUAUCUUAAGCAAAUCGGAGCGGCACGGACGACGGUUUCGUGUCGAUAACUCAUAUCGAGCGAUCGUUACGCGUAUCACUACUUUCGUCGCCACAAUGCCAAAUUGUUAUUCGAACAAGCCACGUGAAACGAGGCUACGAUCUCUGAUUUAUAUCCCACCUUUUUUUGUCGACGACAAGCAGUCGUCAGGUCGGACGCAGGAGUUCGUUGCGUUAUAUAUUUAAGCUUAUACGUAACAAUUAGCGGAAGCUCCACGUGAAAUCCGCCACAGAGCUCUGCGCGGGAAAAUCCAUGUUUGAAGGCAGCGUACACACUAGAGCCUCGUGUGUAUGUGUGUGUGUGUGUUAACCGAGAUUCGCCAAUAUCAAAAUAGUUAGCACUGGCGCUCGGUUAAUUUUGCACAGAAGCCGUCUAACUGACACCACUCACAAUGUUGAUCUCAUAGUCACGUAUAUUACGUGCGGCGUCGGAUAUAUUCGCGUCGGCGAAGGCAACCAAUUUCCCUUCGCUAAUUUUCGACGGUGCUUGGCGAAGAACACGCGAGGCUUGACGAUUAUUUCAUGACGUCGUCACGUAGUCGGAGAUGGAACGGCUGGCUGGCCGGUCCACGUUUACGCUCUCGCACAUACGCGAAGAUAUACGAGCGCAAGAAAUACGCCCGCGCUGCUAUACGAGUACCCUGCUAAUACGGCAUAAUACUCGGAUAUCCGGCGUCCGAUAUGAAAUUAUUCAAGAAGCCAAGCGUGUGCGCGCGCCGCACGGCGAAGAUCGUUCUGGAAGCAAUUGCUGGGACAUCCGCCCGUCCGACCGAAUUUACGCACUGCCCUGUCUGCUUACCGAUUAAAGGACGAGAGGCAAGCAGGCAGGCAGGCAGCCAGACGGGCCGGCUUCGAACCCGUACAAAGCCAUUUGCCGGGCGAACCAGUUCCUGGACGCCCUUCGGUCCACGAGCGUCGUCUAAUCCGAGCGCAACAAUGGGGGCUGCAUUAUUGCGUCGAUGUUCGGCUCGCUGGCGAAGAUAUAUAUAUAUAUAUAUCUCUCUCUCACGCGCGCGCACGCGCUUGAUCGAAGCCCUCGUUAAAGAUUGACGGCGGCUUUCGUUAUUCACAAGCGCGAUGGUGUUUGUCCUCGCGCGACGAUAUUCCUAGUGACCCGAGGCGCGACCCACGAGGUCGCGGGGGUAAUCCCGACGGUGGUAACGCCGACGCGUGAUAUCUUCUCGGUUCGCGCGAAGGGAUGUGGUAUAUAUAUAGCUGUGUGACGGAUAGGAGAGAAGGAAGAAACGGCGCGCGAUAUGGUGACGGCCGUGGAAAGCGAUAACUGGGCGGAUUUCGAUAUCGCUCGGAUAGCGUUGUUUACUGCGACGCGCGCCAAAGUUUUUCCGAUUUUUCUCCGCCCGGUAUUUCUCCCCGACGCGCCACAGCUCCUUUCUUUUUUUCUCUCUCUCUCUUGCCACCACUCCAGCGUCUCGACGUUCUAUCGCGGGCGUCGCGGUAUAUAAUAUUUCCCGCAAGAACGCUCCGGGAUCAACCCGCUUGACACUUGGCUUCCCAAAGUGCUUUCGCUAUUGCCACCGCGGCUGUCUUCCCGUCACGAUAUUGUCGCCGAUCCGAUUAUUACGAAGAACGAAGUCGCCGAAUCGGAAUGGAUAUAUCCUGGCGUUCUCUUCUUAUCCACUGGGAGGUCGGGGGUCGAGGGAAUUGACUUUAACGAUAGCGAUCGCGCGUCACGUCGAAAUAUCCUCGAUUUUCCACCAAACGUCUUGCGAUAAUUAAUCUGCGGUUGCUUUUUACGAUGGAUAAAUAAUAAUAGAUAAUAAUAUCAGUCCCACUGAUCAAACUAAAAAAGAUUAGCGCAAUACAAGGAAAACACUAAAAGAUAUAGAGUAAUGAAAACGAUUAUGGAACUACUUUUACUCAAAUAAAUAUUGUUACAAUGUAAAUUGCGUACUUCAAGUUUCUAAUAGUGUAGAGACAUCGAGAAAUAUGUUACUUCUAUGAAGCCCAAUAAAAGAAUGUAUAAAAUUUCAUUGUACCUUAAAUUCUAACAAAAAAGUAGAAAAUGAGAAAGUUGUAAGGUUAGAAAGAUAGGAAAUAUUAUAAUAAAGAAAAUUCUUUAGGUUAUUAGUUUGCAAUGAUAUACUAAUUUAUUUCCCGAAAAAUUUAUGUGAUAUUACACUUAGAAAAAAAAUUUUACUAAUUUAACAUAUCCAAACGGUUUGUUAAUAUGAAACAAUAAAUUACUCCGUUCUGGGGAAUAAAGAAUUUGUACUUUCAAUUUGCUGCUCUAAGCAACACUGCUAUAAUGAAGAUAGAUGCUACUGCUCAGUUAAUCCAACAAAUCAUACAUUUGAUUUGUUAACAAUACACACUGUUAGCAAAAGUUGGAAAUGACGCUACCUUUGUAAUAGUUCACUAUUAGUCUGUUAUUUAUAGCUGCAUUGCUGAAUUGAUGGAAUGAGUAAGAAAGGUAUAUUUGUCUCAUUCUAACUUAUUGCACCAAUUUAGCAGUGCAGCGAAGAAGAACGGACCUAUUAUCAACACGUCUUGCAUGAUAAAUAAAAGUAUUCCACAUUAUUAAAAAAAUUAUGAAAAUAACAAUCGAACGUUCCUAAACAUUACUAUCUAUUAUUAAACAAUUGAACGCUAAAACAUUAUUAAUCCUAAUCUGACACAUAAGCAUCAUUUUCGACUUCACCUGAUUUUUAGUUUUAAAUUAUCAGCAAGUUAUAGUGGAACGUUUCGCUUCACUUUUUAUCAUAUAUUCCCUCCAGUUCAUUACAUUAAAUAUAAUAUGCAAGGUAGCCCAUAUAACUCUUUACAGAUCGUUAUCUCGGAAACUAUUUCAUUGAUUUUAAAGAUUCACGUUUCAAAUUAUAUGAAGUGCUUUUAAAAUGAAGUAAAGAUUAUACUAUCUAAACCUCGUUUGCGUCAAUGGAUUAACUUUAAGAUUUUGAGUAGGAACUGCUAUACAAAAUUAUAUUUUUUGAAAGAAAUUGUUUUCUAUGAAAGAAAACAACUUAGUUUUAUUCGAGAUAUUUUUUCACAUGUUUAUAUGAAAAAAUAUGACGGUGUGAAGCAUAAAUGAUCACACAAAAUCAAAAUCUCCUAAUCUGACUUAUUCAAUUUAUUAAAUGUUAUAGCAAAAUAACAAAAUUUUAUUAGCAUUUACGAUUUUUAUUAGCACUUUUACAGAUUUUAAAUAAGCGAAAACGAUAACUAUUCUAAUGUUCAAACUCCAGCUUUAUCAAAAUAUGCAAAAAAUGUGCUUUAUUUUUCAGAGUUAAUGCAAUUGUAUUAAGAGCAUAAACAUUUAUAGUUAAUGCAUAAACAUUUAUAGUUAACUUAUCUUAAAACUAUAUUGGAGUACAAUUCUUUACCGAUAGAAUACUGACUUUUUUCUAUAAAAUAUACGUUGUAUUGGCUACACAGAAUUACAAAUGUUCUUACACAAUAACAAUACUGUGGUAUCUUAAAAUUUAGGAAUUUAACGUUUGUAAUGUAACGACAUUUAUAUCUUUGUUUAUAUUAUUUUAUUUCUUAUAUUAAUCUCCCAUAUUUAUCGAUGUAAUCAUGUUGAUAUCGUACUGAUAUCACAUGAUUCGAGAUAAAACGGUGGCGGCGAUAUAAAGCGUGGAAAAAGAGAGUAGAGCAGUAGAGUGUUGAGUUCGGAGACGCGAGAUCGCAGAGUUAUGGAGACACAAGGUCGUAGAGGCAGAUCGAGUCGCGGAGCGAACAAGAAGCGAAGAUUGUUGUUGCAUCGUCACGUGCAGAAAAAGUAAGCGAGCAGAAAAAGUAGCGAAAGCGCCGAGAGGUCUCGAAUCCGAACAAGUCAAAUCCUAAACACCACUCAUACCUAAUCAAUUUAUGUGGGAACAACGACUUCUUAAUUGAACAUCACUUAUUAUCAUCCCAAAAAGGAAAAGAGAAUUCUCACAAUACGUGCCAGAAUGAAUUAAAAUAUUGCUUAAUAUAUGACAAUAAACGAUAAAAAAUAUCGAAGUUGAAAUUCCGAUUGUAAAUCAGUCUGUCUGACGCUAUCACUUAAAAGAAAUAUUCAUCUAAUAGAAAAAAUUUGCAGAUUAUAUAUACUAAAUGCGCAAGUUUGUUCCACUGAAAAUUUUCAAAAAACAUUACUAUACUUUUAUAUCAAAAUUUAGAAGUUUUAAAAUAUCGGAGAAGUUUACAAGAAAAUUUCUAUAUACUCGCGGUUAAGUUUUCCGCUAAAUAUAUGCUAAAGCAGCAUACAUUUACAUAAAAUCCAUAUGUACAAGAAAUAUGAAAGAUAUCAUCAUUAUGCUAGUGACGACCAUCUCUACGUUUUCGACAUUUUUGGAGUUCGUCGUCUACUUCAGCAUCUUCUAAAGUGAAUAUCUGGGCCAUGUUUAGACGCAGCUGGAAACAGGAUGCCGACCGCUGAGAGACACGACCGCUCCGUUCACGUAAUCCAGGAGAAAUUAUCCGAGUUCAACACGUAGCGUCCAUCUUUGGUGUCAGACGGUGGAAUCGUGAACGUUUCAGUGUUGUGAGCAAGUACCUAUAGAACGAACGAUUCCUCGAGAUGGGACGGAGGACGACAGGCUGGCUGCUCUGCGCGGCGCUUAUGAUCGUUCUGUGUCAAGGCCAGGAGGACUGGAUGCAAUGUCCGUCUAGCUGCAAAUGCAAAUGGGUGUCCGGCAAGAAGACCGCCGAGUGCAUCAAGCAAAAUCUCACACAGGUCCCUGGCGGUCUUUCUUCCGAGAUCCAGAAUCUCGAUCUCACCGGGAACCGCUUCGUUAAUCUCACAAGCAGUGCGUUCAGUCGCGUCGACCUGGUGAAUCUGCACAAAUUGACGCUGCGCGAAUGCGGCAUAGAGUCGAUUGACAUAGACGCUUUCAGCGGCCUAAAGAUCAUUAUAGAGAUCGAUCUGUCGGGCAAUAAUAUCCGGAGUCUGCAAUCGGGUAUCUUCCACGAGACGCAGAGAUUGAGAGUGUUGCUGUUGAAUCAGAACAGAUUGCGGGUGCUGGAAAACGAUCUGUUCGUCAAUCUUACGUUCCUGCAGAAGGUGUUGUUGUCGAACAACAAAUUGGAGCGAAUCGAGGAGAGAGCAUUCCUCAAUCUGCCGAAUUUGAAUUCCCUCGUGCUAGACAGCAAUAACUUCAGUUCCCUGCAGCUGCAGAGAUUCGAGAAGCUGCCCAAACUCGGCAGUCUCGACCUGAAAAAUAAUCCGUGGAACUGUAACUGCCAUCUCAGAAAGCUCCGCGACUGGACGAUCGAGAAUAAGCUGUACACAAAUCCGACCACUUGCCUGCAGCCGCCCAACAUGACCGGCAAGACGUGGGACGAAGUUGACAGCGACGAGUUCGCGUGCAGACCGAAAAUCGCCGUUAUCGGCCCAGCGACCAAAAUCGAAAUGGGUAAAGGAGACGUGACCCUUUCGUGUAAAGCAACGGGAACCCCGCGUCCUAAGCUUUCGUGGACACAUCGUGGGCGUCUUUUGAACAGCAACGCGAAACGCCCCAACAACGAUAGGGGCUACUUAUUGACGUCGAGUAACGAGUGGUUGAAUCUCACCCUGAUCGAUGUGAUAUCUACCGACAAGGGCGAUUAUGUCUGCCAAGCGAAGAAUCCCGGCGGUGACGCCGAAAAAAACGUGACACUGAUUGUAAUGGGCGACGCGUUGGGCAAGGAGAACAUAAUCAGCCUGCCAUUAGCAAUCGGACUCGGCGUCAUCGCCUUGUGCCUGCUGAUCAUCACAGUGACUCUUUGCAUGUACUAUUGCCGUCGUCGCCGGACCAGGCACGACGAGAAAGGUCACGAGGCGGCGUCCAUGGAACACCAAGGUCUCGGCGAGCAGGAGAAAUCCCUCAUCACCACAAUCAAUCCUGUGGUGAAACCGCCGCGACGCUAUGAAGCUUCGUCGGUAACGUCGCACGGCACGGAAAUGACGGAGUUGAAUCGCACGUUGCUCGACAACGAUUCAGUUUUCGCUGACGGCGUCGGGAGCGGUGUCGUCGGCGGAGUAGGCGGCAACGUAGGCGACGACGAGAGGGAGCGAGCCACGCCGGAAUUCGACGGGGGUGGCGGCGGAGGUGGCGGUACGCUGCCACGUGGUGGCUCAGGUUAUCAUUAUCGGCAAUAUCCGCCGGACUUGUUGGCCUUCUCCGGCGGGCGCGGUGCGUCGCCGACUAGCCAGGCGUCGACGGUGCCGGACAACACGCGUAUGCCUAAUCAGCACGCUGCAGCGAUGACGCCGGUGACGACGACGACGGCCGGGGUACCAUCUUACGGCUCACUGCCGUCAGCCGGUGGCCAGUAUCCAGCCGCUUUCAAGACGCUGCCGCACAGCCGCAGCGUCACGCCGUACGGCCUCGGCCCGUCGUCGUCGUCCUCGCCGAUAGCGCCGGUACUGCCGCGUCACGGCUACGUGACGAUCCCACGACGACCACGGGCACCCAGCUGGAGCAGCGGACCGCCGACGUCUCCCAUCGACCGCCUCGAGCCGGUCUACGAUAACCUGGGCCGCCGCACCACUGCGGACGGUAGCUCGGAGUUGUCUCUCAACAAGACUUCCGAACCAAUGUCCUCGUCUAUGAGAGGCCGACCACUCCCGGGCAUGCCAGGCUCGCACUACGGUACGAUCCAACGCAGUACGCCUAAUAUCCUGACAAGUAGCUCACUGGAUCGAUCGGCGCCGGAAGGUGCAGCCGAGUGGCCGAUCAAUCUAACGGACGAGAGCAUGGAAGGCGGUCUUGCGUUAUUGGCGCAGCAACAGAACGCCAGCAACACUCUCGGCAGGAAGGUGCCGCCGAGACCGCCGCCGAAACCCAAGAAGAAGUCCGCCAACGGACCGCUGUACGAAGAUGAGGGCGAAGACGGCACGGAAGUAUGAUCCCACGGGCAUCGUCCGCGAUGAGGACGGCUGGUCGUAGUCCGCCACGACGGGGUGCGCGCGACCACAUUUACAAUAAACCGGUAGUGCCUUCCGAGAGACCUUCCGCGCGCGCGGCUCUUUCGCUGCACUCACAGUGAGGAGCGGUCACUCGGAGAACGAACGGGAGUCGUAAGGAAGUGCUUCAGAAGAGGCUUCCAAUCCCUCGACGACGAGAUUUACGGAGUGAGACGGACGAUAGCCGUGUUGUGUGACUCUGAUGCCGUAGACGAUGACUCUAACGAGGGAACGCGUACGGUUUGUUCCCUUCACCUUUCCUUUCCCGUACCUUGUAAGUUAUUUAUUGAACCACACGAGGUAUCCGAAGCAUCCGCAUUUGGGAUCCAAUGGAUCGCAGUUCGCGCCAGUUAUUUUUUUACGCGAAUCGAUCGACAAGCGUUCGCUCCGUCUCAUUCCUUGUCUCCAAUCGUGGGUCUAUCUUUUUCCUUUGUCGAUUUUUCUUUUCUUUUUUUUUUUUUUUUU